AUGGUCCGGAUCAAACACCGGUAUCUCCUCUUCAACAUUCUAUACCCCAGCGAGUCGUCGAGUUCAUCAACAUCCAAACACUCCUCCACCACAUCUGGCACCGUCACCACCAGCGCGAAUUCUAAAUCCUCCUCCUCCGUCCCGUCACAGCAGAUACUACCACCAUACCUCCUCUUCAGCCGCCCCAGUCCCGCCCACCUCACCCCCCAACUCCUCAUCCAGACCCUCAAAGCGACAAUAACCCAAGUCUUCGGCGACCACGGGUUGGGGGCUACACAAGCCGGAAUCCGCGUGGUUUAUUUCUCCCCGAGUACAUCGACAUGUAUUCUGCGCGUGCCGCGGGCGUACUUUCGACUUGUGUGGGCGAGUCUUACGUAUAUGGAUACUAUACCACCCCCGACCAAGACGAGCAGAUAUGAGAGUACAAGUACCGGUGGGAGUACUCGGUGCGUGAUUCGCGUGGUGAGAGUCAGUGGGACGAUAAGGAAGAGUGAAGAGGAAGUCAUGAGGCGGGCGAGGUAUGAGAUUGUGCGGGCGAAGAGAGAUGGACUGGAGAUGAACAUGGGAGACGGCAGAGGAAGUGGGGAUGGAAAUGAGGCCUCGGCAUUGUUGGAUGGAUGGAUUGGGAAGAAACCACAGAAUUUGGCAGGGCGUGCAGCUAUAGGAGCACAGGUCCGAGGUGAAGACGAUGGAAAUGAUUAUGAUGAUGACAUUGACGACGACGAUGAUGAUGAAGAUAUGGAUGAUUUAUCGGAGUGA